GUCGGGCGGGACGGCUCCCAGUAAAGUUUGGGUGCGCUGCCGCUGCGAGUCUGCGGGGCUGGAGCGGCGGAGGGACCAGGAAUGGGAAAGGGAAAGGGAAACGGGACCGAGGAAGGGACUGGCAAUAGGAACUGGACCGGGAAUAGGAAUAGGAAUGGGAAUGGGAAAGGGAAAGGGAACGGGACCGAGACCGAGAAAAGGACCGGGAAUAGGAACUGGAAUGGGAACGGGAACGGGACCGGGAAUAGGACCGGGACCGGGGCUCGAUCCUGCCCGGGACCCGCCCGUGGGAACUCGACGAGGCCACGCCCAUUCAAUGCCCUUCAAUAGCGCCGCCGCGGUAAAGCACCGCCCAUUCGCUGCUGACCAAUAGAAAUUCCGCGCCGAGCCGCGCCCCUCAUUAGGGCACGCCCCUUUCCUGUUGAGUGCUCCCCAAUGGCCCCGCCCCCUUUCCCCAUUGGAUGAUCUGGCCCCGCCCCCGACGCGCACGUGAGCGCCUGUCCCACCCCUCUCCUCAUAUCUGGGCGCCUAUUGGCUGCCGGCAGCGGGAGGGGCGGGGCGCGGCGGAGGCAGGGACCAAUAGGAUGCGAGAUUCAUCUGCGGCGCGGAGGGGGCUGGGCUGGGGGGACACGGGGGUGACACGGGGGGGUCCCUGGACAGCGGGGACAAUGGGGACCGGCAGCGUGGGGCGGCCCGAGAGUGCUGGGGGCACUGGACUGCUCUGGGGGCUGCUGGGCCACGAGGGACCUGGGGGGGUCUGCGAAGUUCUGGGGACCUUGGGGACAAUGUCCGGCACUGCUGCGACCGUGGGGGGUUCUCCAGGCUGGGGGGUCCGGGGGUGCCUGGGCUGUGGGGUCUGGGAAGUGCCGGACCAUGGGUGCACUGGGAGGGUCCGGCGGGUCCUGGGUGUUGUUGGGACUUUGGGGACACCGAGAGACGAUCAGGGAUGGGGUCUGGGGGGGUCAUGGUGGGAGGAUCGGGCACCACCAUCAGAGGCAGCACCCCCUGAGCCCCCAGGAGAUGGGGGGCGGCGGCAUGGGGCACCCCGAGUCCCACGGGAAGCCGGGGGGGCACUGGGGGGGUUGUAGGGUACAAAAAAGGGGUCGGGGUGACCCCAACCCCCCUGCGGUCCUGCAGGGCGGAGGGCUGUGCCCUGCUGGGCUCUGAUGCCCCCGUGUCCCCCUCCCCAAAUAAAGGGCUGUCCCCAGCGCUGGGCUGAGCCGUUCCUGGGGGUCCCCAGCACCAUGGGGGUCCCCAACACCGCGGGGACGCCCAUGACACCCCACGGGGAGGCUCCAGCACGGGGCUGGGGGGGCGAGCAACACCAUGAGGACCCCCCCGCCCCCUGGGGUGACCCUGGGCAGGGCUUGGGGGUCCCAGCAGUGGGGACCCACACUCUGCGAGGGGCUGCACCGCCACCCCACUUCCCCGUAGCCAUCCAUUACUGCCCCAUCGCCGGGAUUUGGGGGUGACAGGGGUCUCGUACAGUGUCCCCCCGCCACUGCCCGGGCCCCCCCGUGCCCUGCGCUCCCCCAAAUCCCCCCCGUGACCCCAUAACCUUCCGCGAUCUCUUUACGGCAUCAUCGGCAGGGACAGCGCUUCCCGCUCGGCGCCUGCGCUCGCCGCGCCGCCGGAGCCUCCGCCGGCCUGGGCACGGCCCAAAUCGGGGGUGUCCCCCCCCCGGUGCUGCCACCGGAGCCCCCCAAAACCUGCCGGACCCCCCACCCCAAGCUCCGCAGAACGAUGGGCUGAACGCAUCCGGCAUCUUGCAGGCACAGGCCGGGCUGGGGGGUGCGGCAAACAAAGACCACCCCCCAAAAAAAAGUCCCUGGGGGUGCUAAGGGGGUCACCGAGCCCCCCUCGGGCCGCUGAGGGACCCCCCGGUUGACCCCGAGGAGCCGUAGAGCCGCCGGUCCCGGUUUGAGGAACGACAGCGCCGGGAGCAGCAGGUGCCCCCAUGGCGUCAUUCCGCAUCCGGCAGUACCAGGAGCAGGACUACGAGGCCGUGCGGGCGUUGUUCGCCCGCGGCAUCCUGGAGCACGCCCCGGCCUCCUUCCGGCACGUGCUGCGGGCGGCGCGGGUGCGCCUGGCACUGCUGGCCGUCUUCGUGGCGGCGCGGGCGGCCGCGGGCUCCUGGGUGCUGGGGCUGGGCGCGGUGGCGCUGGCGCUGGUGCUGAUCUGGGUGCUGGUGCGCUCGCUCGUCACCGAUUACGUGCGAGAGGCGCUGGGCACCGACCUGUGCGACGUGUCCGGCGCGUACCUGCGCUCACCCGACUGCCGCUUCUGGGUGGCCGAGGAGGCCGGCGCCGUGGCGGGCAUUGUGGCUGCGGUGCCCGCGGGCCGGGGCGAGCUGGAGCUCAAGAGGCUGUCGGUGAGCCGCGAGCAGCGGGGCCGCGGGCUGGCGCGGGCGCUGUGCCGGGAGGUGCUGGCGUUCGCCCGGGCCCGUGGGUACAGCACCGUGGUGCUCAGCACCUCCGUGGUGCAGGUGGUGGCGCAGAGGCUCUACGAGGGGCAGGGGUUCCGCAAGGUGGGGGCCUCGUACCCCUCGCUGCUGGGCACCUUGCUGAACUUCCAGAUGUUUCACUACCGCUGUGACCUGGGCAAUGGCAAUAAGUAGGGCCGGGGUGGUGCUGCCGCGGUGACGCGGCCCCGGUGGCACGGCACCCCAAACCUGGCACUGCCGUGGCACUCCAGCUCCAGCCCCGGCCCCGGCAUGGCACCGCGAGCCCGGGACAUGAGGUGUUGCCGUGGCACGCAUGGCGCUGCCGUGGCACCCGAACCCUGGCACCGCCGCUGCCCAUGAACCCUGGCACCGCUAUGGCACCCCAAACCUGGCCCCGGGACACCGCCCCACCGCUCCGACCCCCACCCUGGCACAGCAGCACGGGCACAGCACCGCGAUCCCAGGACACAGAGCACCGCCAGGGCACCCCAGCCUGGCAACACCUUGGCACCGUGCCACCGGGACGUGUGGCACCGCCCUGGCAUCCCAGCUCCGGGACUCCACCACAGCACUCCACCCCUGGCACCUGAAGCACCGCCAUGGCACCCCUGAUCCCCACCCUGGCAGAGGGGGCACCUCCGUGGCCCUUCCUGGAUUUCUAGCAGCAGGAAAUAAAGAUAGACCUUUGGGAACA